AUGGUUCUGGCCGUGCCGCCGGCCGCUUUUUGCCUCGGAGGCCCAUGGGGAGAGAGUAAGAAAGUUUCUCGAGUCUCAGUGUUUGGAAUGCUUGACGCAGGUGCGGAGGAAAGAGGCCUACGUGAGUCCCUCAAAGACGUAGCGACGAGGAAGGACGUCUGGUUACUUACAUCUUGCAACUGGAUCAUGAUGUGGAGCUGGUUAUUUCCCUCAGCCGAUGCCAUUCCCGAGUCCGAGUCUCCUAAACUCACCGAUCUCCGUCGAGAGGCUACCGACUACUAUUCGUCGAAAAAGCGUAAAUUCGGCGUAAUCAAUGCCCUACUUCUACCGUUGCGAUUCAAUCUCCAAGAGUGCGCAGUCUACUCUGGAGCAGAUCCAUUCGCGAAUCCGACAGUAUUGAAGCUGUACGGGGUGGAGCGCUAUUUCGGCAAGUCAAGUGAGCGCCGAUCAGCAGAUCCUUACUGUAAGCUCGAGCUUAGCUACGGACGACUGACAAAAUAUUAUCAACUUGCAACAACAGCCAAGUAUCCACUCACUCAUGAUGUGCAUGUUGCUCAACAUGCCUUAUCGCUUGCCUCGACGUGUGCACGGGCAUCUGUGUUGACUGGACUACUGUCCGCCAUGAAUGCACACAACAUCUCUGCUCGUGUCGGUGCUUUUCAGGCCAGUGCGGCUGCGAUCGUGGGGCGGAUCGGCAAGCAAUAUCAGGAUCAUGUCUCUUUGAUUGUAGCCCCAUAUUGUACGAUCUUAUUGCAUCACAACUCCUCGACCGUCGUACUCGAUAUUCGAGAGAGUCAUGCUACUGGUACGGACCGUUCAAUCGCUGCUGCGCUCUCGGAGUUGGUCCCAGAGGAUGAUGACAAUGGUGAGUACGAGCACGGUGAUGGCACCCGAGAUGACGCGCUGCUGUUACAUCCUGCGGGCGCGUCGCGCGCGGCGGGUGGAUUGGGCGGGGUCAGAAGCGACUAUCAGGAUGCAGGCCUCGCCGCGGACGCGGGAUAG